GAGACUGAGAUACUUACAUAAAGAUGCUAUCUUUGCCGUUUCUAAGUUCGGUUGUAUCAUCUUCACCGUUCAUGUGUAAGGGGAAUGGAUGGAGCAAUCGUUUCUUCCCCAUCCAUGAAAGCAGAACUGAACUUAGAUCCCCGUCCUCUGCCUCCGUCCUGGGUCGACGUUCGUUUUCCAGAGCUCGGAAAGUAAAAGUCGGUAAUUUAGGUUCGGAAGCAGCUCGUUCUGAGGGCGAAGAGGAAAAUUUUCAAGUUUUAACGGCUAUAAGGAGCAAAUACAACGACAUUGUCAUAGUGGACUCUCCAAAAUCAAGGAUGUUGCUCCUUGACUCUACACAUAAUGUCCACAGCAUUGUACAAAAGGGUGAUGAGAAAUGGACAGGAUCAUAUUGGGAUGAAUUUGCCAGUUUGCCUGCAAUUAUUCCAGAAGGUCCAAUUGCAAUCUAUGGAUUGGGUGGUGGAACAGCUGCAUAUCUGAUGCUAGACGUUUGGCCUUCAUUGCAGCUUGAAGGUUGGGAGAUUGAUGGAAUUUUGAUUGAUAAAGCAAGAGAAUAUCUUGGACUAUCAGAGCUUGAGAAGCAUACUGAAGCUGGUGGUAGACUUCAAGUUCAUAUUGGAGAUGUCUUUCCUGCUGGGCAGAAUCCUUCUGAAGGAUAUGCUGGCAUUGUAAUUGACUUAUUCUCAGAUGGAGAGGUUUUGGCAGAGUUGCAGGAGGUUGCAACCUGGUUGGAGUUAAAGGAUAGACUGAUGCCCAAGGGUCGCUUCAUGGUGAAUUGUGGAGGUAUUAGUGAAGCAUCUAAAACUAUAGAUGGCAAUGAGAUACAAAAUUCUACUAUCAGGGCAAUGGCUGCGGCAUUUCCUGGACAAUUAUACUGGAAGGUGUUGGGGGAAAGAGAAGGCCAAAAUUAUCUUGCACUAACCGGUCCUUUCCCUGACAUUGACUUGUGGUCUGCUGUACUCCCAGAACAUCUAAGCAAAACUGUGAAGCAAUGGAGACCUUAUGAGCCUAUUCCAUGACAAGCAAUUGCCUUGUAGCAUGAUAUUUGACUUACUGCUAUGGCUUCAACCAUAAUUCUUUCAUUGAUUUGCCUUUCCAACUAGAGAUAUUUCUUCACAUGCUACUUAUCAAGAGUUUGCCGAUUCUUUUUCACUGUGUUUCAACAGGAUGGAGGGAUUCAUCUCCUGUUCUGAAUGUAGCCUGUUGUAAACUGAGCACUUUUUCAUUUCAUCCUUUGUUGUAAUAAUGCAAAAAAUGAAUCUUUUCUUUCCUACAGAUAUCAUAAACUUAUAUAUUUCCGAUGUGAAGAAAAGGGUCGAAACAGA